ACUCAUAAGAAGAUGGUUACGUUGUGGACAAACUUUGCUAAAACUGGUGAUCCAUUGAAAUCUUGGAUCUCAGAGAAAAAACGUCCAAAACCACCUUAUGGUGACAUAAGUGAAAUUACAUGGAAUCCGUUCAAUAUAAAGGACCCUAAAUACCUAGAUAUGGCCAACGAAGGUUUUAACAUGAAAAAUUUCGAGGAGCAACAGCGAAUGGAACCUUGGAAUGAACUUCAUGCGGAGUAUCAUAGAUACAUACUAGAUUUAGAAGAAAAACGCAAGUUAAAAGAAAAAAAAUAAACAA